GCCCAAUUUAGCGCCUCGCCGCCGUCACUCAGCAGGACGCUAAGCACGCAGCCCGACAGCCGCAGCGACCGCCCGCUCGUCCCGCACCGUCCACCAUGCGCUCUUCACCCGGUGCCGGUGCCUGCAUGGGCGUGGCCUGCAGCGGUGCGCUUCGGCAGCGGCGAAGGCACAGAAGCAGAGGCAGGUGACAACCGUCUGGCGUCGCAUGCAGCAGCGGCCAAGUCUGCGGCUUGUUCUCCAUCCUCACCGUUUACAUCCACCCCACCUCUCCCUACUCUCCUCUCGCCUUGGAUGACUUGACAAGCCUCGCACCGCCGCGAGCAGCAUCCUCAUCAACUAGUCACACCCGCUCUGUGCGCUCUGCGCGCUCUCAGCACCAUGGGCGCCACGCACGCCUUCCUCGCGCGAAGCGAGCUCGAGCUGCCCAGCACGCCCGUGCUCGUGCUCCUCGCCGGCCUCGCCACGCACUUCCUCUGCUCGCGCUUCGAGCCAUGGCCGCACCAGCUCGCUCUUCCCGCCGUCUGCGCCACAGCAGCCCUCUUCUACUCGCAGCUUGUACUGCGCGACGGCAGCAUCGUGGCGGCGACGCUGCACACGUCCAGCAUCCUCGCGCUGUAUGCCUCCGUGCUGCUGGCCAGCAUCGCCGUCUACCGCCUCUACUUCCAUCGCCUGCGCCGCUUCCCGGGCACGCCGUCGAUGGCACUGUCUAAGUGGACCCUCCUCUCCACCGACGUGCAGGGCUUUCGCUACCGGCUCGUCGACGAGCUGCACGCACAGCACGGCUGCAUCGUCCGCACGGGCCCGAGAGAGCUCUCCAUCAACGACGCCGGCGCGAUUCCCUCGAUCUACGCCGCCAAGAGCCCGUGCACCAAGGGCCCCUGGUACCGCGGCAUCGCCGGCGACCGUCCAGUCGACGAGCAGAGCACGUACGACACGCGCGACAAGCACACGCAUGCUCAUCGGCGGAAGCUCUGGAACGCCGCUCUCUCGUCCAAGGCGCGCACUGGGCACGUCGAGACGAUCAGCCAGCUCGUUUACAAGACGAUCGCCCAGCUUCAGGCACGGGCGUCGUCGGCGCCAGACGUCGAUGUCGGCGAGUGGUGCGACAUGCUCAGCUUCGACUGCAUGUGCGAGAUCGGCUUCUCGCGCCGGCUGGACCUCAUCGAGCGCGGCAAGCGCUCGCGCGAGCUCGUGCACCUGCAGGAAGCAGUAGCCGCCGCGCAGGUCAUCGGCAAUGUGCCGUACCUCUCCAAGGCGCUCGAAUGGCUGCCGGGCAACAAGAUCGGCCUCUUCAAGGGCUGGGUCGCUGGCGUCGUUGCUGAGCGAGCGGAUGAGGUCGGCAUCACCGGAGCAGCACCGAGCGUCGCAGGCGACAAGUCUGCGGAUCCCGAGGCGCUGCACAGCAAGCCACUGUCACCGCCAUCCACGCCAGCGACGGAGAAGCAGUGCUCAGACGUCAUGGGCACACUGCUGCGCGCCGACAACGACUUCUCGCUGCACCGACGCCGGCAGAUCGUCGCCGAGGGCAUGCUGCUGGCCGUGGGCGGCAGCGACACGACUUCCGCUGCUUUGACAAUGGCGCUGUAUCUCCUCACUCAGCAUCCGCAGGUGGCGGACGACGUACGCUCCGAAGUGGCCAGCGCCCUCGCCGCUGCGCGACCAGCCGAUGCCUUGGCCGAGGCUGCCGUGCUCAAGGACAGCUGUCCGCUGCUCAACGCCGUCAUCAACGAAACGCUGCGGCUAUAUCCGCCGGGCCUCUCUGGCCUGCAGCGCGAGACGCCCAAGGAGGGUCUCGCUCUCACCGUCGAGGGCUCGCCGGUAUGGAUCCCCGGCAACGUCGUCGUGACGGUGCCGCCGUAUUCGGUCCAUCGCGAUCCUCGGCACUUCAGCCCGGCACCGCACGCCUUCCGGCCCGAGCGCUGGCUGCGGCCCGAGCAGGAGGAGCACAUGAACGCCAGCGGCGCCUUCAUGCCCUUCGGCUACGGCCCGACGAGCUGCGCCGGACGCGAGGUCGCAUACGUGGAGAUGCGUCUCUUCCUCGCGCGCCUGCUGCAGGCCUUCGAGCUGCGCUUUGCCGACACCUUUGACGCUGCAGCCUUUGAGCAUGGACUGCGAGAUCUCUUUACCCUGCACAUCAAGGUCCCGCUCCAGCUGCAUCUGUCUGCCCGCCCAGCCCAGACCGUGUAAUCGCUAUAUAUCCGGAU